AUGGGGGAGGCAAUUACAAAUAAAAAAAUUUGUUUGGAAAAUGAUGAUGAGGCUGCAUCUGAAGAAGAAGAACAUGAGUUAUUGCAAUCCACAUCAAAACCUAUUACAAAUAUAAAUGAUAUUGGUAAUAUCGUUGAUAAAUCGUUUUUAAAAGAUGCCGAUACAAAACUUGUGCUUACUAAUCUGUGGGUCCCAGAUACAAAGUAUAACUUUCCUAUACUUGAAUGCAAUAAAAAACGUGGACUGAAAUUCCAACAUAAGUGGCUUCAUGAAUUUAAAUGGCUUUGUUAUUCAGAAAUUAAAAGUGGUGCUUUCUGUAAACACUGUGUUUUAUUUGCAAAGAGUGGUGGUGUUGGAAGUCAAUCUUUGGGAAACUUAGUAACUGAACCCUUUACAAACUGGAAAAAUGCUAAAGAGGUUUUUCGAUAUCAUAUGAAUUGUAAAUAUCAUUUGUCAGCAGUUCUUGAUUCUGAGCAUUUUUUGAAGGUUUUAAACAAAGAAGAACCAUCUAUAAUCGAACGAAUUGAUCGAAAUAGAAUGACUCAAGUUGAAGAAAACCGCAAAAGACUUAGACCGAUUAUUGAAUGUAUAUUAUUAUGUGGCAGAGAAGAAUUAGCAUUACGUGGUCAUAAAGAUUUUGGUAGCAUUUCAGUUGAUGAAGAUGCUUUGAGACAAGGAAAUUUUCGGGCCAUACUUAAAUAUAGAGCAAAAGGUGAUGAUUUUUUACGAAGUAUUCUUGAGGGUCCAGGGAAAAGAAAUAAGUACACCAGUCCAACUAUCCAAAAUGAUAUAAUAGAGUUCUGUAAUACAAUACUAUUGAAAAAAAUUGCAAAAAAAGUGAACGAGUCUAAAUGUUUCUCGGUACUUGCCGAUGAAACCACAGAUAUUUCAACAAAAGAACAGCUUGCUAUUUGUGUAAGAUAUGUCAGUGAUGAUAACAUGUUGCAUGAAGAUUUUUUACAAUUUUUUGAGAUUGAAAGUCUGACUGGUGAAGCUUUGGCAAAUUCCAUAUUAAAUGGUUUAAGCAAAUGUGGGAUUGAUUGUAGUUAUUUGCAUGGACAGGGCUAUGAUGGGGCCAGUAAUAUGUCUGGGCAAUUUAGAGGUGUACAAAGUAUUGUUAGGUUAAAAUAUCCAAAAGCAGUUUAUGUCCAUUGUUCAGCACAUUCACUGAACUUAGCUGUAUCAACAGCUAGUGGUAUUAGACCAAUUAGGAAUUGUUUAGGAAUAAUUGAAAAGGCCUAUCAGUUUUCAAUACUCCAAAAAGAAAUUCUAUUCUUCUACAUGAGAUUGAAAAUUCAGACCACGAGCCCAGUGUAA